CUCCUCUUCGCCCGCGCGCUCCUCUUCACCGCCACCCCCGCCUCCCACCGCCCCGAUGCGAUCACGCUCGCCGAGCCCCUCCUCGCCGACCUCGACGCCUUCGUCGCCGCCAUGGACGAGAUCUCCGGCGGCGCCUUCCUCCGCGCAGGCGACGGCGAGGUGGAUUUGGCCGCAUUGGCGUCCGAGGAGUUCCCCGAGCUGCCCUGGCUGAAAGCCAAGGGGUACUACGUGAUCGAGGAGUUCGUCGCCAACUGGGUCGAGAUCGCGCUGCGGAUGUCGUGGGCGGCGGCCGCGGCCGGGGGAGGCGCCGGCGGUGGGAAGAAGGCGGUGAGGGUUGGGAGGUGCGUCAAGGAGAAGGCCGGGCUGGCGUCGACGGCCUUCUGGAGGGAGAAGGGGUAUGUGGACUGGUGGAUGCGGCUGGAGCCCCGGGUCAGAGCAAGGAUCACUGGGGCCUUCUUCGGGAAGAGUGCAAAGGCGCUGUCCGCUGACACGGUGUACAUGAACAAUCAGCUCUUUGCCACCCCAUACCUUCUUGUUUUACACAUUGCUAAUGUUGGGAAGAGGAUCACUAAAGUUGGUGUCAUUGACAGUUUGUAUGGAAGUACACGGCAGUCAUUUUUCAGAAAGAAUCAACCUGGUUGCGGCGAUGUUGCAAGCAUUCUGUCUUGUAAAAAGAAGCCUGCUUUUGCUAAAGAAUUAAAAAGAUUGCUAGUGCUUCAGGAGAUAGUGUGUUUAAAGAGCAAUAUUACUUUCUGUGGCGGUGAUGCAAUCUUUCUCACUUCAUUAAUGUCAGCUGGCACUGUUGCUGACAAUAUACUCAUGAGAUUACGAAGACUUCUCAUGGUGGUGUCGACGGAAAGUAUAAAUUUGGAGCUCAUUGGGGAUGGAGCAUCAAAUAAUCCAAAAAAGAAUGUUGAAAAGACAAGUGUAGGUUCUCGAAAAGGAAAGAAGAAGUCUAGUAGCUCGAAAAAGCUAGCAGCGUCUUCCAAGUCGUCCAAGGACAAUGGAUGCAGUAGCACAGAAACCCGAAAUUCUAGGAUUGUGUCAAAGUCAAGCCAGCAGACUCCAUCUGUUCGAUGCACUAUUAUUGGACCCGCUUCUGAAGGAACUCCUUGCAAAGAAAUUGCACCAAUACCAAAGGCGGAGCAAGCUAUCAGGUCGGCGGAUUGCAAUAAUCAGUGUAACAAAAAGAAAAACAAACGUAAAGGGAAGGCAAAACUCUCUGAUCUUAUAAGAGCUGAGAACCCUGGACCUGGCAAACUGAAGACAGCUGUUGCUCAUGUUGCUACAGAAGCCUUGCAUAAAUCUGCCGAAGCAGUAGAUGCCCCACUGCGUGUCCCAUCUCAUGUGAAUACAUCCAGCAAUGACAUCCCUGAAGCAGUGGGUUGUUCUGAGUCUUCAAGUAUCUUUGAUGGAACUGAAGAAAAAGGCAUCAAAAGCAGCAGAAAACUGGAAGAUACCUUAUGUUCUAUGGUUAUCUCAUCAGUAACCACAGAGAGUUGUCAGAGUGCACAAAAACCUUCCAACUUUAGUGUGAAUGAGCAGAGCCCAUCACACACUAGUCUAAAUGAAUCCAUGGUCCAACCAUCUUUAUGUUCACCUUCCAGUAGUGAUAAUGUUUUAUCUGGUAAUCCAUGUAGAAACUCUGCUGACUCCUUGGUAAGAUCUGCACAGGAUAAGACUGGCUGUGAUAUAACACAGGGAGCUUUGCAUGGACUUGCUCCUGGUGUUGGUAAAGGAUACGAGAAACAAGUGGAUCAUAGUUCUGUUGUGACAACCGACAAACUUUUACCAUCAGUCAUUCCUGCUAACAUUCUCCAAAGUGCUAUAAGUGACAAUGGUACAGCAGUGAAGAAUGGUGUAGAUGAAUAUUAUGCAUUCAACCGGAACCUACUGGGAGGAACGUCAUAUGAGUGGCCUAGUGUAGCACCCCAUUUUGUAUCACCUGAAAUGCAACAGCGCCCUGCUGCAGCAGACAGGUUGCAUCUUGACGUUGGUUACAGAUGGCCUACUCAAUUUAACCAACCUUUCAUUCCUGCCAACCAUCAGGUGAGAAGCUCACCAGUUGAAGCUGGAUGCAAUCAAAUGUUAUCUUCUCUGUCAGUGCCCUUAAGUUUUGAUUGGCCUCCUGUUUUCAGAGGUUAUGGUAAAUUGACUCAAAAUGCUGCUUUAAGUUAUGAUCCAGUAUUUGCCCCACAUAUGCAGUCUUCUGCUUGGCCUGGGUUUCCUGCUCAACUAAUUCAGAGAGGUGGCAUUUGCAGUGAAAAAGAUAGGAAAUAUUUUAGCGAUAGUGACCCAAGAAACACAUCAGAUGUUGGGGAUGAUACUGAAAGCUAUUGGUUUUCUGAAGAAGAAUCAGAUGGCCGCGCAACUUCUGGAAGAGAUAUUAAUCAAUAUUUUGGCGGAGGCGUGAUGUAUUGGAGUCCUGCAGAACAUGCUGGAACGGGCUUUUCUAGGCCACCAUCUCUUAGUUCAGAUGACAGUGCUUGGGCAUGGCAUGAGGCAGAUGUUAGUCGAGUUGUCGAUGAUCUGGCUAUUGGGAUUCCAUCAUCAACAUAUAAUCCAACUGGUCCAUCGUCACCACCAUCCAGCCCAAGCCCAUUCUGUUCCCAGAAUGAACCUUCUGAUCCUUCCCCUCAGCCUGCUUGUCACUCAGUGGCAGGGAAUGACAUCAAUAAUGAAGCUUCACAUUCUCCAUCUUCCAUGCAAGACAGUCCUGAAGAUAAGAGUACUUCGGUUGUAAAGAGUCCAUCUUGUGCCAGUGAAAUAGUAAAGGGAGAUACAUUACCAUAUGCAAUGCUGCGGCCAAUAGUUGUUUCUAAUAUAUCACGAAGGCUAUCAAGAUCUGACUUUAGGGGUGGUCAUGAUCGCAGGAGCCCAUGUGUGUCUUCGACCAGGAGGGAUAUACCUCUUGUAAGAAGACCUCCAUCACCAGUAUUACUUAGUGUUCCUCGCAUGCCUCGGCCACCUCCUCCUUCUCCUGUUGGAGAGUCAAGAAAACGUGGAUUCCCAAUUGUUAGAUCUGGCAGUUCAAGCCCGCGGCAUUGGGGGAUGAGAAGUUUGUUUUCUGAUGAUAAAAUUUUCAAUAGGGCUCAGUUUUGCUUGGAUGGCCCUGAAGUCGUAUGGCCUUCAUGGGUGAAUAAAGGCACCUCUACUGGUACACUGGUACAAUCAAUUGAGGAUACUGUCUUGCAGGACCACCUUGUUAAGAUUUCACAGCUUUCACGUGAUCAACAUCCAGAUGUUGCAGUUCCUCUGCAGCCACCUGAUAUGUUAAAUGGUUCACCUCACAAGGCGUCCCUUUCUUUGAUGCACAAUGCUCUACAUGAAGAAAUUGAUCAAUUCUGUAAGCAGGUUGCUGCUGCAAAUCUGGUGACGAAGCCCUAUAUAAAUUGGGCUGUCAAAAGGGUCACACGGUGCCUGCAAGUCCUCUGGCCCCGCUCGCGUACAAAUCUAUUUGGCUCAAAUGCCACUGGUUUGGCCCUUCCAACUAGUGAUGUAGAUCUCGUGGUUUCUCUCCCCCCAGUCCGAAAUCUGGAACCUAUUAAAGAAGCUGGAAUUUUGGAAGGCCGCAAUGGCAUUAAGGAAACAUGCCUCCAGCAUGCGGCAAGGUGCCUUGGAAAUCAGGAUUGGGUUAGGAGUGAUUCCCUCAAAACGAUUGAAAACACAGCAAUACCUGUGAUCAUGCUUGUAGCCCAAGUACCUUGUGACAUAAAUAUGUCCAACGAGUACCCUUCUGUUCUGGAUAGCUCACAAGAAAUUUCAGUCAAUGUGCUUGGGGAGCAAGGGAGCCCUCCUCGUUCUGACAAUUCUAGUUCAGAAGGCAGCAACGCGCUUGCGGGCUCAAAAAUGAAUAAGGAUGAUUGUGAUGCUGUGCGGUCAAUUCGUCUUGAUAUAAGUUUCAAAUCACCAUCCCACACAGGACUCCAGACUACUGAGUUGGUUGGUGAGCUGACUCAGCAAUUUCCUGCGGCUUUACCCCUUGCCUUAAUCAUGAAGAAGUUUUUGGCAGAUCGUAGUUUGGACCACCCAUAUUCGGGUGGUCUAAGCUCUUACUGUUUGGUGUUGUUAAUCACUCGUUUUCUUCAGCAUGAACAUCAUCUUGGUCGGCCUAUUAACCAAAAUCUAGGGAGCCUUUUGAUGGAUUUCCUGUAUUUUUUUGGGAAUGUGUUUGAUCCACGCCAUAUGCGUAUUUCCAUCCAAGGGAGUGGAAUUUAUUUGAACCGAGAAAGAGGGCACAGCAUUGAUCCAAUUCAUAUCGAUGACCCUCUUUGCCCUGCUAACAAUGUGGGCCGGAAUUGUUUCCGGAUCCACCAAUGCAUCAAGGCUUUUGCUGAUGCUUUUGCAGUUCUAGAGAACGAGCUACUGCAGUUCACUGCAGAAUCAAUGAAAAGAACCUGUGAGUCCACAAGCUACAGGAACUGUUGGGUUGGAAUGGCCUCUGCUUGUGUUCUAGACACCGAGUUACUACUGCAGCUGGUGGAAAAGAAGGUUUUCUAUUUAGUGCAGGCUUGUUCGAAGAUCCUUAACCUCGUGCCGGUGGUAUGUGCUGCCAAGGAUGCGGAAAUGGACUGGCCUAAUGAUGUGUGCUGCCAGACCUAUAAGUCAACAUCAGCUUGUGGAACAGGAAGUGGAGAAAUUCUACGAAGGAGGCUACUUGUGUUCGGAAACAGAGUAGGAAGCAACUCCUACUUGGAGCUGGUACAAGGCUUGAUGCUGGAAGUGGUGUCCGGUGUAGCAAAGCGAUUUUCAGAUCGUCGUUUCUCCGGGACAGCAAGAUUGUUCCUUGAACACACCAAGAGGGUAACUGCGAAGAUUACUGCCGUGAUCUCAAGUACCAGAUUCUUCGUUGCAGUUACUCGCCAAUGGGAUUGCCGAGUUACUCUUCAGAGACAGUCAGAGCAAUCUUUAGGGCAUGAGGAACAUGGUCAGCUAACGGCGUUGGCUCGUCUUAUAAAGGCAGACUUGUUUCCUGCAGCUGAUGAGAUUCAAGUUGCUGCUUUUGUAGCGAAGCACACUUCGGUUCCUGCUUUUGUAGCGAAGCAGAUUUAAGUUACCGCUUUUGUAGUUUACUCCAACACAAAUUUGAAACUAGCUUGUUCUUGAUUUGUUGCGCUGAUGUAGUGAUGUUCUUGCGCUUUCUUUCUUGUGCAAGUAUCGAUUUUUUGCUUUCU